AUGAGCUACUGCCUUGCGCCCACGCGAGACUGCCAACUCAGUGACGCCCUUAACUCGAAAGGCAACCCCAGACGCCCGAACGGAAGCAACCAAAAAAGACAAAGCAGCCGAAACAGCCAAAGCAGCCAAAAUACCCAAAACAGCCAAAACGACAACUCAUAUAUGGAAAAAAAAAAAAAGGAAAAACGAAGCGAAAAGAAGACCGAUUCGCCUGAACAGGUCAGGCAAAAAGGGGAGAAAAAUUAUGAACAAUCAGAAAAAAAAAAAAAAUUGUCAAACGAUGAAGGAGUCAAAGUUUCAACCUGCGAAACAUUCAUUAAUGAAGAUAAUUACACAACGUAUGAGAAUUUGUCCGUUAAGGAGCUGAGUGAUGAGGAAGUCAUUUCGGAGAAUGAAUACAACAGGAAAAUUAAGCAAUGUCCGAAUAGUCUACUUAUAAGCAAAGAAUAUUACGAUUUUCUCGUAAGCAACGAUGACGACCAGGCGAAUAAGAAGUACACAAAAAAUGACUCGCGUUUUGAAGAACUCCUUCAGAGUGAGGCGAACUCUCCGCCCGCCACAUCCUCCAUAAAAGUUUCGCACAAUGUGGAUGAAUGGAUUAACAAAUUGUUAAAGUGCGAGCUGCUUCACAUCGAGGAAGUCAAGCUCAUGUGCACACUACUCAGGGACAUCCUGAAGGAGGAGCCCAACUGUGUGCAGGUGAGCGUCCCUGUGACCGUCGCGGGGGACAUCCACGGCCAGUUUUACGACCUCCUGGAGCUGUUCCACAUAGGAGGAUUUCCGCCGGACGUGAACUACCUCUUCCUAGGCGACUAUGUGGACAGGGGGUACUACUCAUGCGAGUGCUUCUGCCUGGUGGCUUGUCUCAAGAUAAAGUAUCCCAGCCGAGUGACCAUCCUAAGGGGGAACCACGAGAGCAGACAAAUAACCAAGGUAUACGGUUUUUACGAUGAGUGCAUGAGGAAAUACAAUGGAGAUUACAACGCGUGGAGGUACAUAACAGACGCCUUCGACUAUCUUCCCCUCACAGCCAUCAUUAGCAACCAGAUCUUCUGUGACCAUGGAGGGAUUUCUCCCUAUUUGCACACAAUUAGUCAGAUUAAUAACUUAGAUCGAUUUAGGGAAAUUCCGCAGGAUGGUCCCAUUUGUGACUUACUUUGGAGUGACCCUGCUGGACCUGAGGAUGGUAUCAUCGAAGGAUGGAAGGCAUCUCCUAGGGGUGCUGGUGUUGUGUUUAGCGAAGAGAGGACGGAUGCCUUCCUUCGACUAAAUAAGCUUAGCUGUAUAUGUCGAGCUCACCAGCUUGUGCAGGAUGGCUUUCUAUGGAUGCACAAUGAUAAGGUGGUGACAAUCUUUAGUGCUCCUAAUUAUUGUUACAGGUGUGGCAAUUCCGCCUCUCUAAUGCUCGUCGAUGAGUACAUGGAGAAGGACUUCGUCACCUUUAGCACGGCUCCGCUACGAGCCAACGCCAAGGCUUUGAGGAGGAACGUGGGCUACAUGCUGUGA